GAGGACAGCACGUUAUCUCAAUGUAACAACAAGGAAUUUGGUGAAGGUGUUCUGCCAAAACAAGGAAUCUACUUCAGAACUUUUUAAGCCUGUUCAGCCAGUCCAGUAUGCUGAUCCCGAUACUGAAUCUAGUCGAAAAGCCCGAGCAGUGGAGAAGAUGUCCUCCAUGCAGAAUGAGGUGCAGGAAGACACUGAGAUGAGACAGUCCAAGAGAGCUGAGAAUUCCCAAAAUGAGAAUGUAAUUCGGAAGCAGAAUCUUUUUGAUGGAAGUAGUCAAUCGAAUAACAGGGACAGCUCAAACGUAUCUGCAACCCAGAGAGGAGGUUACAUUAAUCUUAGCCAGCAUGCGUGCAAUGAAGGACCUGAAGACAUGAGCAGGACUAGGAUUGCUGGUGACGACCAAGAGAUAGCGAAUGGCACCCAAAGGGGCACAAAGGAGGUAACUCGGAAGCCUCUAAUGUCGACAGCCACUCCUCCACAGUGGACAGACGAACAGUUGAAUGAACUUUUUGCGGACGAUGAGGAUGAUGCUUCUUUAUUCUGA